UGAAGGAGCGCGUCUACUAUCAGCCUAAGAGCAAACCCGUCAUGGCCGAACGGAAGCAACUUCACCUGACGGCGUUUAUGCGGCCGACCAGCCUCCACACUGGCGCAUGGCGAUACCCAGGAGCAUAUCCUGAUUCAAACUUCAAUCUUGCCCAUCUGAAGUCUUUCAUCAAGAAGCUUGAAGAUGCAAAAUUUGAUGCAUUCUUCAUGGCUGACCAUCUCGCGGUCUUGAAUAUGCCCAUAGAAGCUUUGAAGCGCAGCCACACCACAACAUCAUUCGAGCCCUUCACGCUACUGUCAGCGCUCUCUCAGGUAACAUCCAAGAUUGGCCUGGCAGCGACGGCGUCGACGACAUAUGAUGAAGCAUAUCACAUUGCUCGGAGGUUCGCCUCCCUGGACCACAUAUCCGAGGGUCGUGCUGCGUGGAACAUUGUCACUACAGGAAACCCAGAGUCUGCGAAGAACUUCGGACAGGAUGAGCACAUGCAGCACUCUGAUCGCUACAAGCGAGCUCGCGAGUUCUACGAUGUAGUGACUGGUCUCUGGGAUAGUUUCGCGGACGAUGCAUUUGUGCGAGACCGCGAAACUGGAACUUUCUUGGAUCCUGAGAAAAUGCAUGUGCUCAAUCAUAAGGGCCCAGAGUUGAGCGUACGAGGCCCGCUCAACAUUGCAAGGCCAGUGCAGGGAUGGCCCGUCAUCGUGCAAGCCGGACAGUCCGAGCCCGGAAGGCAAUUGGCCGCUGAGACUGCUGAAGCUGUUUUCUGCUCGCCAAAAGACAUCAAUGGCGGGAAAGCUCUAUACGCAGAUAUCAAAGGCAGGGCUGAAAAGGCAGGUCGCAACAGGAACCACAUUAAAAUUCUGCCGGCGGCCAUGAUUAUCGUGGGAGAUACUGUGGAUGAUGCUCAACAGAAACGACUAAAGCUGGACUCGUUCGUACACUAUGAUAGUGCGAUUGCUUCGUUGUCUAUUGCCCUGGGCUGCGACGCUGCUGGAUUCGAUCCUGAUGGGCCACUUCCGAAGGAUCUGCCUCCCACCAAUGCUUCACACACAGCUCGACAAAGUGUCGUCGACCUUGCCGAGCGAGAAGGCCUUACUGUUCGACAGCUUGCGCAGAGAUAUGGAGGCUACACUGGCCUCACUUUCGUGGGUACUUCAGCAACAAUUGCAGAAGACAUGGGGAAAUGGCUGGACUCAGAUGCAUGCGAUGGCUUCACAUGCGUAAUGCCCUACCUACCGCAAGGUUUAGACGAUAUCACGCAGCGUCUUGUUCCCGAACUCCAGCGUAGAGGGCUGUUCCGGCAGGAUUAUACUGGUAACACACUCCGGGAACACCUUGGCCUUCCACGGCCUCCCAAUCGCUUCUUCUCUCAGAAGACACCUGAUCAGAUCAAGGCCCUGGGAGAUUAUGGCUAUACCAACAGCAACCAAGGAGCACAGCUGACUGCUGCCGAGACUCAUGGGUAUCCAAAUGGCGCCAAGCAAGUCCCACCUCGGCCGGCGGAGCCGGCUAAGCUGAGUGCUGCUGAACUUGAAGCUAUCUUGGAAGCCUCUAGGUAG